AUAGGAUUUCCUGCUUCAUUACGAAACACUUGGGACAUAAAUGUCAUUAUGAGAAUCCUCUUCCAAAUCUUCCCAGUUUUUUCCUCCAAUCUCCUUCCUCUCCUCUCCUCCCCAGAAAAGCCUGUGAGUCUUUCUCUAUCGACAUUCUCUCCUAUGGAUGUCUCUAGGGUUUUAUAUUGAGCUCCGAUCGAGCUCUGUUCCUCACUGAACUGGUCUUCAUAGUUGCAGAAAUGAAGAAUCAAUAGAUGGUUUCUCGGCUUGGCUCGCAAUGUUUCAUUUUCUCAGCCUGAUCCGUUGAUGCCUCUCAAUUUCUCCAUUGUGUGGGAAAUGUAGAAGUUAGACUAGGAUGAGCCAGACGGAGGUAUCGAGGGUGAACCCCUCUCUUGUUCCGCUUGCGACCCUGAUAGGUCGUGAGCUGAGAAAUGAGAAGGUUGAGAAGCCUACUAUUAGAUAUGGGCAGGCUGCUUUGGCGAAGAAAGGGGAGGAUUAUUUUCUGAUAAAGUCUGACUGCCAGAGGAUUUCAGGGAAUCCGUCGACAUCAUUUUCAGUCUUUGCGAUUUUUGAUGGUCAUAAUGGAAUAUCAGCUGCUAUAUUUGCAAAGGAGAAUUUAUUGAAUAAUGUUUUGAGUGCAAUUCCUCAAGGCAUUGGAAGGGAAGAGUGGCUUCAAGCCCUUCCUCGAGCACUUGUUGCUGGUUUUGUGAAAACAGACAUAGAAUUUCAGAAAAAAGGAGAAACUUCUGGGACAACUGUUACAUUUGUUGUGAUCGAUGGGUGGACUGUGACUGUUGCAUCUGUUGGGGAUUCUCGAUGUAUAUUGGAUACACAGGGGGGUGUGGUUUCUCUUUUGACAGUGGAUCACAGGCUGGAAGAGAACGUUGAAGAGAGGGAACGUGUCACUGCUAGUGGGGGUGAAGUAGGAAGGCUUAAUGUAUUUGGAGGCAAUGAGGUUGGUCCCCUUCGCUGCUGGCCUGGUGGAUUAUGUCUUUCUAGGUCAAUUGGUGACAUGGAUGUUGGAGAGUUUAUUGUCCCAAUACCGCAUGUUAAACAAGUGAAGCUUUCAAAUGCGGGGGGAAGGCUUAUAAUUGCUUCUGAUGGUAUCUGGGAUGCUCUGUCAUCUGAUAUGGCUGCAAAGUCUUGCCGAGGUUUGCCUGCCAAGCUUGCUGCAAAGCUGGUUGUUAAGGAGGCUUUAAGGUCUAGGGGGUUGAAGGAUGAUACCACUUGCCUGGUUGUUGAUAUAAUUCCUUCAGAUCAACCUGUCUUACCUCCAACACCGAGGAAAAAACAGAAUAUGCUCAGUUCACUUAUGUUUGGGAAGAGACCACAGAAUUCUGCAAACAAAGCAACAAGUAAGCUUUCAGCUGUUGGGGUUGUGGAGGAGUUGUUUGAAGAGGGAUCUGCAAUGCUUGCAGAAAGGCUGGGUAAAGAUUUUCCUUUGGAUGCUAGCUCUGGACUUUUCAGAUGUGCAGUCUGCCAAGUGGAUCAACCACCCAGUGAUGGCUUAUCUGUCAACUCUGGGCCAUUUUUCUCGCCUUCUUCAAAGCCAUGGGAAGGUCCGUUCCUCUGCACAAACUGUCGGAGAAAGAAGGAUGCAAUGGAAGGAAAAAGGCCAAGCAGACCUACAGUGAUCACAUAGCAAAAUUUCUGGUAACAUAGUAAAUAUUGAUAUAUUUUUUUCUGGCAGUGUGAGCAUGCUUUGUUUUCUUUCUGGUGGUGGUGGUGGUUAUAGAUGUAUGAAAUGAGGUAAGAGUUACGGUGAGUUAGUAGGUGUUUUGGAGGUUGUCAAAAAUUUGUGUUGAUUCUGGUUUGUGCUCGGCUGUUGGACUGACUGACCAGGACCGAAUUUGUUAUCCCCAAUACAUAUAUUUGCAAUAGGUUUAUUGCUAACUAGAAGCUUGUUACGUAUAUAUAUGAUUGCACAGUGAUAUGUUCUACUGCAGCUGUUUUGUCUUCUGUGUUCAGCUCUGAAAGUUAACAGCCUGCAAUUGAUGCGGCAUUCCCAGUUGUUCCCUCUUUCAGUUUUAUUAUUGUAGGCUGCAGAGGACAUCAGACAGGCUGAGGCUAAUUAUUCGGGGAUUGUACUUCUACUUAUGAAUAGGAAUGAAUUGGUAUGCACAUUUCUUGGUUAUGGUGUUAUGACAUGUAUUGUUUUCUGUAAACUGUGUUAUGUAUAUUGAUGAUUAUAUAAAAACCCAUAUAUUUCUAUC